GUGAUGCCUUACAAUGGGAAAAUGGGCUGCUAUUUAUAACAGCAAUAAAUGCGAUGAGAGUACACGUGUCAACAAUCUAACGGUCGAGGGGUCACCUCAAUCGGGGUGGCGCCAGCACUUGCAUGUGGCCGCAUUAAAUGCGGUGGUUGGAUGCGACGUUUGUACUUGGUAUGGUGAUCCAGCGCAUGUGGAGAGGAGAUUCUGUCGAAGAAGACGCCUUCGGUUGUACCUACUGUGCCGAAGGCCCCAUGGGCCGGGGGCCUCUAUGUGCCGAAGGCUUGAUUUUCAAGCCUUGUUCUCCUGUGAUGUUCCUGAGCUAAAUUCUGUCAACGGUAGCCUUCGGUCAUGGGACCGAAGGCACCUCCUUGUGUAUUGUGGGCUGCUUAGAGCUUCAUUUUGUUGGACUUGACCCGUUUGGACCUGUUGGACCUGAUUGCAGUUGUGGAAGUAUGUGGGCCGGGGGUCC